UAGCCUGGUGGGGGAGGGCAGGGGAUGGGUGGAUAAGUGGUGUGUUCUCCUGUCUGCAGCUGACUGAUACCGCUACCCCAGCCUGCGGAUUAUUAUUAUUACUAUUAUACACACCCUGUCAGGCCAGUAUGAAAUUCCCUGGCUCAGUCUUGGUGUCAGUCUCCUUGUUUGUGGCAGAGACAGUGACGGCCCUCUACCUGUGUUUCACAUACAGCUUGGCCGGGGACAGGAUCUGGCAGGACCUGACCCUCCUGUUCUGCUUGCUGCCCUGCUUGCUGGUGCAAAUCUGCCUCAUCUUUGUCCACCGGGAUCUCAGCAGGGACAGACCCCUGGUACUGCUACUGCACCUGCUGCAGCUGGGACCCCUGGUCAGGUGUGUGGAAGUCUUCUACAUUUACUUCAGGGCUGAUAAAAUAGAGGAGCCUUAUGUCAGUAUCACCAAGAAGAGGCAGCUACCCAAGGGAGGCUGCUCAGAUGAAGUGGAGAAAGAAGUGGGUCGAGCUGAGGGGAAGUUGUUUACACACAGAUCUGCUUUCAGCCGAGCCUCAGUCAUCCAGGCCUUCCUGGGGUCGGCACCACAGCUGACACUCCAGCUCUAUAUUAGUGUACUGCAGCAGUACAUUACCCUGUCCAGGUCCAUAUUUAUGAGCAUCUCUCUACUGUCCAUUGUCUAUGGAGCCUUGCGGUGCAACAUCUUGGCCAUCAAAAUCAAGUAUGAUGAUUAUGAUAUCAGCGUUAGACCAGCUGCCUACCUCUGCAUUUUUCUUUGGAGAGUGUUUGAGAUUGCUACCAGAGUCACCGUACUUGUCCUCUUUAGCUCAGUUUUACAAAUCUGGACCCUGCCUGUUGUUUUGCUAAACUUUUUCAUUUUCUUCUUUUACCCAUGGAUCCUCUUCUGGAAGAGCCAAUCUCCUUUUCCUGAAAACAUAGAAAAGGCCCUAUCAAGGGUCGGUACAACCAUGGUUCUAUGCUGUCUUACCUUCCUGUAUGCUGGAAUCAACAUGUUCUGUUGGUCUGCGGUCCAACUUAAACUAAAUGAUUCUGAUUUAAUCAACAAAUCUCAAAACUGGUACUGCAUGGCAGUGUAUUAUAUGCUACGGUUUGUUGAAAAUGCCUCCCUAUUAUUGUUAUGGUACAUAUUCAAAACAGAUAUUUACAUCUAUGUCUGUGCUCCUCUGUUGGUCUUGCAGCUGCUUAUUGGGUAUUGUAUCGCUGUGCUGUUUAUGUUGAUCUUCUAUCAGUUUUGUCAUCCCUGCAAGAAACUAUUUUCAUCAAGUAUCUCGGAUGGGUUGCUGACAUGUUUUAAGUUUUUGUGUUACAUGUGUAUACCGUCAAGAGCGCCAUCAAAGGGAGAUAAAUUUGGAGCCAAAUUAUCUGACAGUUCUGAGAUCAUGGAUCAACCAAUCUCUAAAGGUAUGGAGUCACAAAAUGGAAACUCUCACCACAAUGUAUCUUCCAAUGCGUGAAAUGGAAUUUGGUGAUAGAGCUACAUUUCUGAUGAAUAUUUUCCAGAUAACCUGUAGCACUGUGCAGUCUUUACAAACAUAGAAAGUACUGUCAUUGCCAAAUGUGCAAAUAUGCAACAGUACCAUAAUGAGAAAAAUGUGUGUACUCAGGUAAUAACUGUUGGAGAUAAUGUUGAGCUUCAUCCUUUCAUUGGAGAAUUGGACAAUAUGUAUUUCACUGCGUCGAAGAAGGGUAGUACAUUGCAGUGUGCUCUAUUUACAUAUAAGAGGAGGCGCUUCUGUUUUGUUGCACGGUAAUAUAGAAAAUAAUGUAUCCAGAAUAUAAAAACUAACAAGCUGUGAAUAGCAGUCACGUACAAUAGGAGUUUUUGACAGAAGGAGUCUCUUUAAAGUGGUAAAGAUUUUUACUCCCAAAUAUUUCACAACAGCUUUUAUAUUUGAAUGGUCAUCUAAAAUUUCAGGAGGUUCUUGCUUCCUAGAAUUUCAAUUAUCUUAAGGAUGUAUAUGUUAUUAAUGCAUUGAUGGAGUUUAAAGAUGAGGUCUAACAAGUCCAAUAAGUUUACAUUGCAUGUAUAUGCAGUAUAUCUAUUUAUACAGAUUGCAGUAAUUAAUUGUGAGCACUAUACUUAUGAAUCAUGUAUUUAUUAAUGAAUGUCUAUGCCCAGGUGUGUCUAUUGUAUGGGUAUAUGUAUAAUGUUAGUAAAGGUGUGUGUGUGUGUGUGUGCAAAAGCUAUUAUAUAAUUAUGACAUCUACUGAUGUGGUAGUGAAAUGCACUGUAAAAGGCUAACUGCAGGUAUUGUUCAUAAUUAAAAAUGAUAGAAAAAUAAUGUAUCAAUGUGAAAUAAAACUAUGCUUUUGAAAUGUAUGGACAUGCUAGUCUUUUCCAAUAAGUUAAGUAAACCGUGUAGCUACAUAUAUUGGAAGCUUGUGAAAAAUGCAUUUAGCAUCACCACAUGUGAUACUGUUAAUCUUU